UUCGCGGCGCGGCCUUGGCUGCCCUGGAGAAGCGUCCCGAGAGCCCGGCCGGGGGAAGUGGGACGGCUGCAGAGGCAGCUCUUGGCGUCCAGUGGGAGCAGGCUGCGUGGCGUCGUUUGGAGRGUGUGUUGUGCUGUAUGGGAGCCCUGUGCGGUUCUGCAGCUUGCUGAGGAGUGAGACAGUGGGAGAAGCAGCCCAAACACUAAUUCAGUUGGUGGUUUGCCUUAGAAGAGAAAAUGACAGGAAGAGCCAGAGCCAGAGCCAGAGGAAGACCCCGAGGACAGGAGGCUGCCCCUCCUUCUGUAGGAGCUGUAUCUGCUUUGCAGGGUCAGCAGCCUUUGCCAAGCCAGCAGUCCRGCCAUGUGCAGCCUCAGCAGCCCUGUCUCCCGCCACUCCUGUCAGCAGGAGAGCUUGCUGGCCGCGGGCGACAGAGAGGACCUCCAGGAGCUUCGAGACCAGAAGAAUUUCAGAUUUCAGCAGGCUUUCAAGAAAUGUCUUUAGGAGAUAGAGGUGGACGUCGUCGAGACUUUCACGACCUUGGUGUUAAUACUCGCCAAGCUAUAGAACAUGUUCGAGAAUCAAAAACAGGUUCCUCUGGUGCUAUGAUAAGGUUAAGUACAAAUUAUUUUCGCUUGACGUCUCGACCCCAGUGGGCUUUAUAUCAGUAUCAUGUCGACUAUAACCCUCAAAUGGAAGCACGCCGUCUCCGAUCAGCUUUGCUCUUUCAGCAUGAAGAGCUAAUUGGAAGGACACAUGCAUUUGAUGGGACAAUAUUGUUCUUGCCAAAAAAAYUAGGCAACAAGGUUACUGAAGUGUUCAGUAGGACCCGUAAUGGAGAAGAUGUUAAGUUAACAAUCACCUUAACUAAUGAGCUGCCACCUACUUCACCUACAUGCCUGCAGUUCUACAACAUAAUUUUCAGAAGACUUUUGAAGAUAAUGAAUUUGCAGCAAAUUGGACGUAAUUAUUACAACCCCAGUGACCCAAUCAGCAUCCCUAAUCACAGGCUGAUGGUUUGGCCGGGCUUCACUACUUCUAUUCUACAGUAUGAAAAAAGCAUUAUGUUAUGUACAGAUGUGAGCCAUAAAGUUCUUCGCAGUGAAACAGUGUUGGAUUUCAUGUACAAUCUGUAUAAUCAAGUUGAAGAACAAAGAUUUAGAGAUAUCUGUACUAAAGAACUGAUAGGUCUAAUUGUUCUUACCAAGUACAAUAAUAAAACAUACAGAGUUGAUGACAUUGACUGGGAUGCCAAUCCAAAGUGUACCUUCAGAAAAGCAGAUGGCUCUGAAAUCAGCUACAUAGACUACUAUAAAAUGCAAUAUAAUCAAGACAUUACUGACUUGAACCAGCCUGUCUUGGUCAGUCAGCCCAGGAGGAAGAGAGGAAGCCUGAUGCCAGGACCUGCUGUACUAAUUCCAGAGCUAUGCUAUCUAACAGGGUUAACUGAGAAGAUGCGUAAUGAUUUUAAUAUGAUGAAAGACUUAUCUGUUCAUACACGACUGACACCUGAGCAAAGGCAACGUGAAGUUGGAAGACUUAUUGACUACAUCCAAAAAGAUGACAGUGUUCAAAGAGAGCUUCGAGACUGGGGUUUAAGCUUCGAUUCUAACUUACUAUCCUUUACGGGAAGAGUUGUUCAAGCAGAGAAGAUUCAUCAAGCAGGAAGAGUGUUUGACUACAAUCCUCAUUUUGCUGACUGGUCAAAGGAAACCAGGGGAGCUCCCUUGAUCAAUGCAAAGCCUCUGGACAAUUGGUUAUUAAUAUACACACGGCGCAACUAUGAUGUUGCUAAUGCAUUACUUCAAAAUCUGUUUAAAGUCACACCGUCCAUGGGAAUCAGAAUGAACAAGGCAGUCAUGAUUGAAGUAGAUGAUAGAACAGAAGCUUAUUUAAGGGUUUUACAACAAAAUAUUACUUCUGACACAAACAUAGUAGUUUGUCUCUUGUCCAGUUCCCGAAAAGAUAAGUAUGAUGCUAUCAAGAAAUACUUGUGCACAGAUUGUCCCAUUCCAAGUCAGUGUGUGACUGCUCGCACUUUAAGCAAACCUCAGAGUAUUAUGGCCAUAGCAACAAAAAUUGCCUUACAAAUGAAUUGUAAGAUGGGUGGAGAACUUUGGAGUGUUGAGAUCCCACUGAAACAGCUAAUGGUUGUGGGAAUUGAUUGUUACCAUGACACGGUAUCUGGGAAGCGCUCCAUUGCAGGGUUUGUUGCUAACCUGAACCAAGGAAUGACUCGGUGGUUCUCACGCUGUGUUCUUCAGGAUCGUGGGCAAGAACUUGUGGAUGGGCUCAAAGCCUGCUUGCAAACUGCUUUGAGAGACUGGUUCAAGUGGAAUAAGUAUUUACCCUCUCGUGUUAUGGUGUAUCGUGAUGGUGUAGGUGAUGGGCAACUAAAAACUCUGGUUAAUUAUGAGGUGCCGCAACUUCUAGAUUGCUUGAGAUCUGUUGGUAAAGACUAUAAUCCAAGACUUACUGUGAUAGUUGUGAAGAAACGAAUAAGCACGAGAUUCUUUUUCCAGUCUGGUGGCAGACCUCAAAAUCCACCCCCUGGUACUGUUGUUGAUGUAGAGGUUACCAGACCAGAAUGGUAUGAUUUCUUUAUUGUGAGCCAGGCAGUGAAAAGUGGCUGUGUUGCACCCACACAUUAUAAUGUAAUUUAUGACAGCAGCGGACUGAAACCAGAUCAUGUACAACGUUUAACCUACAAACUUUGCCACAUGUACUAUAACUGGUCGGGUGUUAUCCGAGUGCCUGCUCCUUGCCAGUAUGCCCAUAAACUGGCUUUCCUUGUCGGUCAGAGUAUUCACAAGGAACCCAACUUGUUGCUUUCAGACAGACUGUACUACCUUUGAAGGCUAAAUGUCACCUGCACGAUGUAGUGCGCAAGAACAUGUAUAAUGGUCAGGGGGGUGUUGUUCUUUAAAGAUAAUUUCAUGUGUUGGGUAAUGUAAAUGCACUGCAGUGGAACUUUAUUUUCAUUGUAGGGGACUCUGCUGGCUAAAAGAAGCAUGCAUUUUUUCUCUUGGAUUAUUCACUAAAUAGUAUCAGUUAUUCAUUGUCUUAUUUAUGUCUUUGGGAAGUCUUUGCAUUACUUUUUUUUAACCAUAUGGGGUGUUUGGUUAUGUUGACCAGAAUCCAGGCUUCUCCAGUUUUCACAUUUAACCCUUCAUUUUUCAAAAGGUGGUUGAAUUUUUCUUUGUUUUCUUGGCUGUUAAAAGGUGGGCAAAGUUUUGUCUGCUAAUCUACUUCAUUUCAGCUGCCUCCAGAAAAGAGGGAAGCUAUUUCUAGUAACUCCAUACUGCUGUAAAACGUGACACACAAUUUUUAAUGUGUACCUUGCAAGUGUAUUUCAGGGAAAUUAAAAACAGAAAAUGAAAACCUUGUGUUCACUUCUCUUCCUAGCAGUAGAGGAAAUGGGAUUGUAGAGACCAACAUCAACUAAGGGGAAAGCUCUAAGCAUGCCAAAGUUUCAUGAAAAGUCAGGGAAAAUUAU